AUGGCGAWAAGGAAGCGUAACAACGCCCAAACAGUAUCAGCUGUCAAGAAACAGGCCCUUCCCGCAGGCAUACCGUCGCCUCCAUCUGACAGUACCACAACAUUCGAGCCAACAAAUGCAAGCUCAAUCGUCCUGCCCGAGGACAUUGAAAUAUCCGUCGAGACAUUGCAGACUUUGGCCCAGUAUCCAGCAAUCAUCAAGUCGAAGGCAUGCAAGGAUCUUCGAACAGCGGUUUAUGCAUUUCGUCAGGCAUGCACCACUGGACUCAACGCGGCGUCUGAGGGCAACAACCUGACAGCGCGUAUAUCUGGUGCGCUCACAGAUGGGAAAUAUAUCGACGCUCUGGUUCUUCUCGCUGAGAUGCGCAUUCGCAAAGAGACUCCCACCCUUGGAGCUCUUUGUCGAUGGGUGCGCACGCUUGAUGUGGUUYCCGGACUCUCCGACCCUAUCAAGGAGAUUAGCAAGCCUGCCGUCGCCCGUUCGUCCAAAAACCUGGAGCUUCUACAGGUCCUCGACUCUAUCCUCCGUGUGACGGGUCCAACCGAUACCAACCCCGCAAGUGUGUUUGGGAGUUCUGAACCCAUUGCACUUCAGCAGAUAUGGGACCUUCGCGAUGCCACACAGUCUGUGCGGCAAACCCGAGCCAGCGUUCUUGAUAAGUCCAUUUUCAAGAGCUGCUCUCCGGAUCUCAAAAGUCGCUUCCGCAUUAUCGAGACGACUCCUGGUCCGGCCAGGAAACCCCCAAAUCUUCACCCUGCAGUCUUGUUCGCCUCCACAGACGACACCAUUGUCUUGAAGAAGGACAGCACAAAGCCUGAAUGUCACAGUCACCCGGUCGUACCCAAUCUGCGUGUGAUCAAAGAUGUGUUAUCACCGGAGGAGUGCUCAUCAAUCAUCGCCGCUGGCGAGAGCAUGGAGUUCAUUCCCGAUGCCCCGCUGCGACCGGAAGGCGAAGAAAGCAGUGUCCUUGCGCACAACUUCUACUGGGUUGUUGACCAGGCCUUCCAUGACAACCUCUGGGACAGAGUCAAGGCCUUUGUUCCGGAGAAAGUGGCUGGAAAGCAAGUUCGCGGGAUCAAUCGUCGCUUCAGAGUGUAUCGAUAUGUUCCCGGUGCGGAGUACAGAUGUCACAUUGAUGGUGCCUGGCCACCUUCCGGCAUUCAUCCCACCACAGACGCCUAUCAAUACGACGCGUCUCCAUCAGAUGCCCGUCAAUCCAGCCUCUUCACCUUCUUGAUCUAUCUCAAUGAUGAGUUCAAGGGCGGCGAGACAACCUUCUUCAUACCCAGCGUCAGAGAAGGCGUCAUGAACGCCUAUCCUGUGAAGCCGCUUCAAGGAAGCGUCGCUGUCUUUCCUCACGGUGAAGCACAGGGCGCUCUGCUCCAUGAAGGCACGGGUGUAGUGGAGGGAGCCAAGUAUGUCAUUCGAACCGAUGUGGAGUACGAUGUUGAUGUCACUGCCAUCGAAUGA